GGUGAUUUGUACAUUCAAUCAGUGUCCUCACCAACUCUGGUGACCAAAGUUGCAGUGGAAGCAGUGGGAUACAUAGUCUCAGUGCUUUUGGAUCCAGCCAUUCCUGCAUUUUUCAACUCAAAAUUUACACUGUCUUCAGGACUGAAUUCCUUGGCAGCCAUUACAUGGGAAGAUGGAAUUAAGCAAACCAAGUGGGGAGAAAAUCUCUCAGAAUCACAAGCAAGUUGGAUUACUAAAGCCUUGGGUAUGAAUAAAUUUGUGUCCGGUCAGCUGCCAGUCAAUCAAUUCACAGUUGCGCACCCGCCGGUCAUCAAACGCCGGUUGGUCCAACCGCCAGCCAGGGCAGUUCUUGGCCUUGCCAAUCCCCAGCCCACCAAACUGUGCCCCAACAAUUGGGUGACCAGACCGCAGUUUGGUGGACUGGGGAUUGGCGAGGCCAAGGACUUCCCUGGCUGGUGGUUAGACCAACCAGUGCUUGAUGACCAGUGGGGGUGCAACUGUGAUUUGAACGACUGGCUGAUGACCCUGUACCGAAAAAAUUUGCUAAGUACUAAUCUGAAUACUUCCAUGGCUUUUGUUCACAUAGGUGUUGUCUAUGGAUUGAUAUCCAUUGGUCUCUCCUUCAUUGCUGGAAAGUUUGGUGGAGUCCUGCAAGUUUGCAUCACAGUCACUUCAGUGUUGGCUGCCCCAGCCCUGACCCUUUUUGUUGCAGCAGUCCUGCUGCCAUUUGUUAAUGUUCCAGGGGUAUUUGCUGGCUCAGCAGUAUCUCUAUUUGUGUCAGGAUUCCUUGGCUUUGGAAGCUACAUUGAUGGUGUACCAGGACCUGUGCCUCUGAAAUCAUUUGUUGAAAUCUGUCCUCCUGACUGGGAUGUCAGUGAAAUAGCCUUCAGCAAUUCAAGUGUUUCUGCUCCUGUUGAGGACUGGAAUGAAUUGGGCUUCAGGAAAAUCUUCAGGAUAUCAUACCUUCUGUACAUGUGCACUGGGCUUUUAUUUGGGUUGAUUGUGACCAUAAUCACAAGCUUGGCGACUGGUGGCUACCCUGAAGAUCAAAUUGACUCAUCAAUAGUUCAUUCCUGGUCCAUAGACUUCUUCAAAUGGCUGAAAGCCAAAUCAGGAAUAUCCAAGAUCUCUCACACCUCUGCUUCAUCCUACAAUUUUGAGUUGAAAAAUGCAGGAAUGGCUGGAUCCAAAAGCACUGAGACUAUGUAUCCCACUGCUUCCACUGCAACUUUGGUCACCAGAGUUGCCUGUGGAGUUUUUGGGCAACCAAGUGACUACAAUGGUACAGGAUUCAGCUGUCCUCAAGGACUAGUUUAUGAUCUGGAUUCAGGAAGAUGCCUCUGGCAUCCAAUUUCCAUGAGUGACACCACAAAUGUCAGGUGUCCUUUUGGGCAGGGAGAUGCAUCAGUGCAGGAUACAGUGAUGAUGGAGAAGGCAGGGGUGAAAAUCAAGGUGAGCAUGAUUAUGGAAAUCAUGAUAAUGACCAUAAUUGUAGAGGAAACCACCACCAAAGAAAGCAGCAUUGGAGCCAAUCUUGUUCACCAGGGAAGGUUUACUGCCCAGAAAUUGGGUCUUGUGUUCCUAUGGGCUCUGAAGAAGGUGUCAAUGACCAACCAGUUUCAUGUCCAAUUGGUACAGUGUAUUGCCAACAAUCAGGGCAAUGCAUUUCUCCAGGAUUAUCAGGCAAUGGCCCAGCAGAUGGCAGGUCAAGAUGCCCCACAGGAACUUUCUGGUGCUUGGAAACCAAUUCAUGUGUUCCUGAAGGAAAUAUGGAGGGUCCCAGAAGAAGAAAGAGCAAGAAAUGUAAACAUGGAAUGGUAUAUAACAUGGAAGCAGGUGAUUGUAGAUCUUCAAAAGGCAACAGAGAUGAAGAGCACGCUUGUAGGGAUGCAUCCAAGAACAACAAUGCCACCUUCAGUGUUUGCUUUGCAGACUCUGAUUGUCCCACAUUUGCUUCUUCUUGUUGUCCAGGCAGUUCUUGUCCUGGACUUAGUGCCAAAAGAAGUUCAAAUUGCCAUUGAUGGAAAAAGGUUGACAUCAGGGGAUCAAAUAAACUCCCAAAGGAGCCUUUUGCAAGUCACUGCAGCCAAAACAGGAAUGUUUACAAUACUGUUGAAUGAAACUAUUGGAGGUUCCAACAUCAAGAGGACCCUUGUUAUCACAUCCUUGCCAGCAAACUUGACAUUGGGACUGAGAUCUCAAAAUAUGAUCACUUAUGCUUUCAAUGAAUUCCAAAAUAUGUCAUCAGCUGUUGUUAUUCAAGAAGGAGACUAUUUGCAAUUGAAUCCAUGGAACAUUGGUUCUUUCAACACACAAUGGGACACUACUUUUAAUAACCUCAUGGAUGCCUUGGAUGCAAUGAUGAUGUAUGAGACAUUGAAAAGGCUAUCUGAAAAUGUAGACAUGUCCAAUGAAGGCUUCAAAUCAGUGAAAAUGAUGCUCAUGUCACAGCUUGAUGCAAAUGUUGACAAAGGAGUGAAAAUCUCUUUUGCCAAGAAACCUUCAAGAAAGCAAGACGUUUCUGCUGACCUAAUUUAUGCGCCUUGGUCUCUGGAUGGGCAAGGGCAAUCUUUGGUUGUGAUGGAUCCCAGAUCAGAUAUUUGGAUAAAGGAUCAAAGCAUGGAUGAAUUCCAGGUCCUACCAAAACAAUCUGGAGACAUUGAGGUUUCCCUGACAGCUUAUUUCACUCUUGCUGAUGAUCAAAAAGUCUAUGGAAAUACCACCACUCUCUUGCUGAAGGUGGUGGACAGCAACAAUGCCCCAGUGGCCAUCACUGACUUUGAUGAAACAGGGUUGCCAAAGCUGUCCAUAGAUGAACUCAUUGGAGACUCCAUCAGGGCUCAAACUCUUGCUGGGAUAUUUUUCUCUGAUCAAGAUGCAGGCUCCAGGCUGGGUUUGGUCAUAUUGGCAGCAAGUAAAACCCCAUCUGUUGGCCAAUGGGAAUACAAAAGAUCUAAGGAAACUACCUGGAAGACAUUUGAUGGGUUGAGCACUGAUUUUCCACCAAUGACUGGCUAUGACAGGAAUGGCAAACAACUGAGCUACAGAGGAAGACUUGAUUCUCUGGCUUCCCUGCAAAUCCUCUCCUGCAAUGGAAACUCUGAAGCAGAAUACAACAGAAUUCAGGCAGGUGCAAGUCCAUCAGACUGCACUCAACUUGAGAGCAUCAGAAUAGCCCCAGCUACUACAGUUGCAGAAGCUUUCAAUAGAUUGUCAGAGACCAAUGACAUGACCUGGUUGGAUGAAUCUAGUGCAGUCAUCAGUGUUUCCACUGUCAGGCCAAUAUAUCUUCAGCCAGAUGAUGAGCUUAGGUUUGUCAAGAAGCAAAGAGGUGCUUUGAUGCCAUUGGAUUUGGCAAACUCCACCAAACUUUGGAUGCUGGGAUGGGAUGGCAGUGAUAAUGUCUCAGCUGAUGCAAGGGUGGAGAUAACAUUGCCAAGAUGCAUGAAUUCAUCCACCAACAACCCUGGUGACUGUGGCAGCAGAUCAAGUCUAUCAACAGAUAUAGUUGUCAUGCACCUGGAUCAAAUUGAUUGCUUUGGAAGAGUGUUUACUGGCAGAAAUGCUCCAACAGUGGAUGCUUGUGGGGUCUGUGGAGGAAAUGGAAAGAGUUGCAUGGACUGCACCAGCACACCAAAUGGAACAUGUGACAAAAUCAAUGUUGCUGCUGGUUCCAUCAUAGAAAUUGCCAGGUUUGGACCACAGUACAAGCAGAAGGUUUUGUUGGGCAAAAAUGUUCCACCAUUCAGCUCAGUUAGGUUCUAUUUUCAGUCCCAGGAUGUGGCUGCUCAAUUGAAAGAUGCUCUGCCACAAGGAAUCAAACCGAGCUGCUUUUUAGUUGGAAGUCAAGCACAGAAUGUGCGAAUUUUAUCAACAGCUUUGAGGGAUGACCAGAAAACUGUGACUUGUUCAUCCCAAGGAAUUUUCCUAAGACCGUUCAUUGGAACUAUUGGGAUUAUUCUGACCCCUGGGAAUGAAGAGCAUCUUCAUCAUCUGGCCACUGAUGCUUUCAUCAUGAAUGCAAGAAAGCCCUUCAACAACAUAACUGGUCUGGAGUUUAAACAGGAAGGAGGGAACUUGCAAAGAGCAUUGAUUGAAUUUUCAGACAACAUAGAUUGUAAACCAGGCACAAGUUCUGACUUCAAUGCAAAAGUUUUGUUGAACAACACUGAGUGCAAUGGGAAUGAAUUGGAGGUGCAGUUUUCCACAGAACUGGCAUCUUCUCUAAGAUCUUCAAGCAUUAUUGAACUGCCCUUGGAUAUUUUCUUCACUGGAUGUACUCUUGCUACCAAUGUCACAGCUUUCAUGCAAACCAAGACCAUCAAACUUCAAAAUCCAAUACCAAUUAUCAAGCCAGAGUUUGAACUGAUAGGAGACAAGUAUGUGUGCAGAAUUGGUGGAGAGGACUUGGCUAUGUAUGAAAUUAUGCACUUGAGGGGAUUUGCUGGAGGCCCAGUGUCUAUUGAAUGGACAGCCAUGAUGGAAAAUGGUCAAGUUUUACAAUUUGAAGACAUGAGCAAGACUUGGGUAGAUGCCACUGGGGUUUCCAAAACAGAAAAUGCUUCCCUCUUCCAACUGCUCAGCACAACACAGGCUUCAAAAACUGUGUAUGUGGACCCAGCAGUGGACAUCCUGGGGGCAAAUGAGACCUUUGAGGAUUGGCUGCCACAGUUGACUACUGGGAGUUUGACAGCUUUCAAUGUUUGCAGGGACUUUAUAGAUGAUGAUGAACAAUGGACAUGGUCGUGUCACGUUGAGAGGAACGGAACCAAAGUUGCUUGUGCAACAACCAACAAUGGCUUGAGGCUUGAAAAUGACCUGACAUCAGGCUCAUUGGGAACCAAUGCACUGUCCAUGCAAUGUCUUGCUGUACCAGAAAAGAAAUUGCCUCCAGGAAAGUACUGGUUUACUGCAUGGGUCUACACACCCACCAGUGGUCUCAAUGCCAAGAUGGAAACAUUUACGGUGGAAAUUUUUGCUGGCAGAAGCCCCACUUUGGUCCUAACCAGCCCUCUGAAUAACAUGCUGAAUGAAGGGGAAGGGGCCAUUUUAGAAGCAAGGGUAUUUGGCAACAGUCCUGGGCUGAGAGUCUAUUGGGAGUCCUUGGUUCCUCUUGGUUACAAUCUCCUGCAAGUGCCUGCCAUGUCCUGUGGAGUUGUAGAGAACUGGAGAAACAGCUUGGUUCAAUUGAGCAUUCCUGGAGCUGGUGAAAAGAACCAUGAAAAGCAAGAGACCCUGAUGGGAGAUUCAAUGUACCUUGUAAAACUUAGAGCUGUUCAAGACUCUGGGCCUGAGUCAUCUGCCACCAUCAAGAUUUUUGUGAAUGGAGCCCCCAAGCCUGGGAUAGUUCAGGUGCAAGAUGGGUAUGAGACAAUCAAAGCUCUAGUGACAGAAGUACCAAUCAAGGCACCAUACUGGUGGGAUAAUUUCCCAAUCACAACCGGUGGCUCUGGGGGAAAGUUUUCAAGAUUGAAUUAUGCUUUUGGGUUUUCUUACAAAGGAGAUGAAAGAGUCACUUACUCCAAGUUCAUUUUCAAUGGAGCUCCUCAGGUCAUCAUGACUCUCCCUCCUUCAAGGAACAAUGAAAGAGAGGCCACAAUCUAUGUCAAGGUCUGUGACUCCCUUGGUGCCUGCAGAGAGCAGCCAGGGCCUAAAGUGAUUGUGGAGACAAGUUCUCUGACAACAGAGGACAUGAAAAUCACCUUGACCAAUGAUGUUCUACCAACACUGCAAGGAUAUCCUGUGGAGGGUCUGAGAAAAUUGUCCACCUUAUUGUCUGUAAUGCCUUCUAAUGACACUGAAGGUGGUAUUUCAAAUGCAAGUCUCCACAUGCUGCUGGAUGUCUGCAAAAGUGUGGUGGCAUCCCAAGUCAGCAGUCAAUUGGUCAAGUUAAAUAACUUGGAAGAUGCAUCCCAAAGGACCUCUUUGGUCAACUUUAUGUCUCAAGCUGUCAGCACUGCUGAUGGAAUGUUGAAGAUGUCCCCUGGAGACUCUCUUUCAACAGUGAAGAGCCUUGUGGGACUUGUUGACUCCCUUAUUGCCACCUCAUUAACAACAAACUACAGUGCCAAUAGCACUAUGGCUAUGGGAAGAAAGAAAAGGGAAGCGUCAACAAGCUACAACGAGUUGGAAGCUGAGCAUGAGCAGGUUCCACACAUAAGAAACAAGAGACAAAGUGUUCAAACAGAUGUGACAAGUUGCACAUCAGAUCUUGGGUUGGAUAGAGUUGCUAAUUCAUCAACAAUGACGUAUGACAUGGUGACAGCUUCUUUUGCAACUUAUGAGUUGUCCCUGUCAACUCAAAACAGCAUCAUUGAUGCCAAGAAGAAGAUCAUUGAAUUGGCUCAUUCUGCACAAAGCCUCAUAUGCUUGAAUCUGACUCUUGGUUCAAAGGCUGCACCCAUCAUUGGAAAGGCUGGAGAUAAUUUCAUUGUAUCUGUUCUUAAUCAAGAUUUCACAGGAAGAGCAACAAUUGGAAUCCCUUUGAUUGCAAAAAGUGACUUGGGGUUCUAUUUGGAUGGCUCAAGCUCAUUCUGUCAAACCUACAACAGUAACUGUUUUGGCCACAAAUGCAACCACACAAACAGCAGCAACCACAACAAAGCCUAUCACAACAUCUACAUCCAAAGCUGCAACAUCUACAUCAAAGCUGCAACAUCUACAACACAGGCCCAAAUAUCUGCUGGUACAACAAUAUAUCAACCUGUGCAAAUUGGAAUGAAUGAGCAGUACACUACUGUACUUGGUGGCAGGACAGCUGAAGUGGCUCAAAAUCACAUCAAGGGUCAGCUGAACAAUCAAUUUAAGAACUCCAUCAGAGAUGUGCUGCUGAUUGAAGCAUAUCCUACAAUUCUGCAAUUUGCUGUGACUGAUCAAGCACAGUUGGAUCUUUUAAAGAAUGUUGUGGCUUCUGGGAACCUAGUGGUGACUGAUGUGAAUGGAAAUAAGUAUGCCAUCCCUGCUCAGAAUUUGACUCAAGUCCAACCAGCUACAGAUACCAAGGAAAAAUCACUGCCAGUGAUCAUAGCAGCAGUUGCUGGAGGAGUGAUAUUUUUGCUCCUCAUUUUUGUCAUCAUUGCCAUCAUCAUAAAGUCUAAGAAAAGGCAGCCCAGAGUGAUGCCUUUCAAUCCUAAUGGUCAAAACAUGGCUCAACCAACAUACAGAGCUGUGGCUUUUGAGAAAAAUCUUGUGUUGCCAGGAGGACCAUAUCCUGGACUCAGCUAUGACAACACUAUGAAAAGGAAUCAUCUGGCUCAAAAUCCAGAUUUCCAUACCAUGACAGAGGAGCAGUUGUACAUAGGCAGGAAAGUGGAUCAUACACUGGAUCAGCAAUUGGAGUGGGGAUCAAUGAGAGGGGGAAGCCAAGGUUUAACUGGACACCAACAACCUCCCCAAGUUCAUAAGCCACUGGCAACACCUGCACCACAACAGCCACUCACUAUAAGUCUGGAUGUCCAAGCAACCCUGAUCCACUGGGGCAGAUUGGAGGCU